UUUAGAGUUUGGCGUGUCCCACAAUAGUUAGUCUUGAAAUGUGGGGUUGAGCUCAAAAUGAACAAAUGCCACUUAAUGCUCUGUGCUGCUCUUGCUCCCUGUGCUUCUGCUCAACCUGCAUUUUCAGUGUGUCUGUCUUGUUGUGGCACACAGUACCCCGGUCAAGAGGUUAUUGAUGUCCUAGCACUAUGACAAAGCUGUGAGGGAGGGCAGCUGUCUGAGGUUUACACAGGAAGGAAAGCAGCACAUUGUCAAGGUCUAGCUGAGUCUGUACUCUGUGUAAGGCUGAAUACAAGCUCUCCUCCAACAUGUGGUUGGCAGAGACUAAUCCAGAGACAGGUGUGUGUUUGCAGUGAAGGAACACCAACAAGGACCAUGGCUCACAGUGCCGGCUUUGAUCUCAACAGUUAUGAAAUGGAGCUUGACUAUGAGAAUGUUGCAGAAACUGACUCGGUGCAGGACUCUUUCUGCCAGCUCAUCAGGGAGCCGGGACCCAACUCGGACAGAAACCCUGAAAUCCUGCAAAUGGAGGUGCUCGGGGAGUGCAGAGAUAACCAGUCCUUGCAUGUUAAAGAAGAGCCACAGGGAAGAGAGCAGACGAACUCUCUGCACAGAGAGCAGAGUUCAGCUGCCACCCAUAGAGGCAUGUCCUCCUUGCCCAGACGCACCAGUGACCAAAGUAGUGCUGCAGUCAAUUCCCAGUGCCCCAGGCGCCAGCACUCCUUACGUGGUGUCUCGUCCAGGACGAGAAUUCGGUGUGAUUUUGUCCAGGCAGAUUCAGAUGAAAUCAAUGAGAGGGACAACAAGACGGAGCGGUUGCUGUCUAACCUAAAGAGGCUUUCAGUGGGUGAUCGCGUGCGCAGGCUGCGUGCCAUGCCCAUUAGCCUCAAAGAUAAGAUUAAGCUCAGGAAACGUGCUUUCAGUGAUGCAGCCGAGAACUCUCUCAUUAACAGAGAUGUUCCUUGCUGUAGUCGUCUCAGGGUGUACACUGUGAGGAUUUGGCAUCACUGCUUGUUCAGCUGUCUCUCCUCCCUGACUUCCCUCCAGCUGUGGCAGUCGCCCAUGAAGAGACUGAGUGGGCGUUUUGGAACCAGCGUACUUUCUUACUUCCUCUUUCUCAGGACCCUCCUGUUCUUCAACAUUCUUCUCCUCUUCAUCAACAGCCUGUUCUUGGUCAUCCCUCAAGCCAUUCACCCGCCUCCGUUUGACCCCAAUCUCAAGACUUUCCCUGGCCUAGAGUUUCUGACUGGCACAGGUUACUUCUCCCAGAGUGUGAUGUUUUAUGGCUACUACACCAACAGCAUCAUCAAGACUUGUACAGCUGCUGACUUGAGCCCUGGUUAUACUGGUGAAAGCACUGACCAGACAGUCUGUGACACUGUCACCAGUUCCCAGGUGAUGCCAUACAACAUACCCGUGGCCUACUUCUUCACCAUUGGUAUAGCCUUCUUCAUCAUCUGCAUCAUCCUUGUGUACAGGAUGUCCAAGUCCUUUGGGAAAAGUUUCCAGGUGCUCAAGUCACAUGGGGAUCUGGCAGUAAAAGUCUUCUGCUCCUGGGACUUUAAAGUCAGUAAGAAGACGUCGAUCCGGCUGCAAUCAGAAAACAUCAGCACCCAGCUCAAGGAACUUCUGUCCGAGUUGAUGUGUGGAGAAGUCGAGAAGAGCUGCAUGCAGUGGCUGCAACACAUGUUAGUGCACCUCUUUGCAUGGACUGUGUGUCUGGCCAGCAUAUUCCUGGGCGCCCUGGCGGUCUACAAACUCUCAGAUCACAUGCACCCGCAUGAUGCUGAGGGGAGUGUUCUCAAAGAAGUUCGUCUUCUGGUCUUGUCAGCAGUCGUGUCGGGGAUUAACCUGUUGCUCCCUGGCUUCUUCAAUCUAGUGUCCUGGAUAGAGACCUAUGACUCGCCCAGUGUGCCUGUCUAUGUCUCCAUCUUCAGGAACCUGCUAUUGAAGGUGAGUGUUAUCGGAGUGCUGUGUUACCACUGGCUGGGGAGAACUGCAGUCGAGCCAGAGAGUCAAGGUCUGCAGUGUUGGGAGAGCUUUGUGGGGCAGGAACUGUAUCGCUUGCUCCUGAUGGACUUCAUCUUCACUGGACUUUACACUUUCUUUGGAGAGUUCUUGUGGAGGCUGUUUUCCAAGCAAGUGUUGAAAAGAAACCGGAAACCAGUGUUUGACAUUGCUCGCAACGUGCUCGAGCUCAUAUAUGGGCAAACACUCACAUGGCUCGGCGUGCUGUUUGCUCCAUUGCUUCCUGCAGUCCAGAUCAUCAAGCUGUUUGUGUUAUUCUACCUGAAGAAGAGCAGUGUGAUGCUUAAUUGUCAGGCAUCUGGAAAGCCUUGGAGGGCCAGUCAAAUGACUGCACUCUUCACCUCACUCUUGUGGUUCCCCUCCUUCCUCGGUGCUGCCGUGUCCAUCACAUACACAGUUUGGACGAUUAAACCAUCAUCUGGUUGUGGCCCCUUCAGGAAUCUCACUGCAAUGUUUCAGGCAGGGAAAAUGUGGGCCCGAGAGCUAGAGAACACCAAUCCCGAGCUGUGGUGGCUCAGCUGGGCCUAUACAUCUCUGGUGGAGAACCCAAUAUUUUUAUUCCUUGCCACUGGGGUCUUUCUAAUGGUGAUUUACAUUCAUGCUCAAGUUCUCGACGGCCAGAAGAGAGUCAUCAGCCUGUUAGAAAAGCAAAUUGAAAAUGAGGGCAAAGACAAGAAGUUCCUCAUCGCUAAACUGCAAACCAUUUGUGAGCAGAGGAAUCCAGUUUCCCAUUGAAGAUUGUAACUAUAGUAAAACCUGUCAUUCUCCUGCAUCCUGCAGCUCAGCUAAUGUGAUUUAUUGUCAGUCCAAAUUACCCCCAUGUUUUGAAAAAUUACUAUGGUAGCACUAUGGUAGAACUGUGGGGUCGCAAACAGGUUUUGUUUACUUGCUCAUUGUUUUUUGUGAAGUUUAAAAUUCACUUAAUGUAAUGUAUUUCUUUCAUUUAACUUAUGAAUACAAGGUCGACUAUUGAAGUAUUAUCACCUUAAAGGACCCAUACAUUCAUAUUUAUUUAUACCACCAAAUUUUUAAGAAGAUACUUAAUUUGAAUAUUGUUGUGAAAUAAAAAAAGAAAAGAAAAUAG